AUGUCCUUUCUCUCCGUCGCCCUGGUGACUUUCCUAGCUCUGCUUACCCUCAAUAAUGCAGCAACGACACCAUACGAAUCGGCGAUCGACCGCAAGAAUGUCGUGCGUCGAUACAACCCCAUCCGCACGACCCUCUCAACCACAACUCCCAUGCAGGUCGGCAACGGGAACUUCGCAUUUGGCGCCGAUAUCACUGGCCUACAGACGUUGCUCCCAUUCAAUACGCUCUCCUCCUGGUGCUGGUGCAAAGACACCCUCCCGACAACGCCUAAUCAGACAGACCCUAGUGAUUUUACCGGUCUAGACUAUUGGACACAUGGCCGCCUUGUGAACUACGCCAUACCGAACCCGGCCGAAACAGAGAUCUCGCAGUGGCUCAUUGCGAAUCCGCACCGGGUUAACCUUGGCCGGGUUGGGCUUCUCUACAAGGGGCGGAAUAUCUCGGUUGAUGAUAUCUCUGAUAACGUACAGACGCUGGAUCUGUAUAGCGGGAUCCUAACUUCGGAAUUUACGCUGCGUGGGCAGAAAGUAUCAGUUACGACGAUUGCAGACCCGUCUUCUGAUGUCGUUGCUGUGGAUGUACAGUCGCCACUAUUGCACGAUGGCUCUUUAGGUGUCUUCUUUGACUACCCAUUGACAACGGGGUCGAACAAGUUCGAGGCUCCCUUUGUCGGUGACUGGACUGCGGUAUCGUCGCAUACCACCUCCCUGAGUUAUAUCACGGCGCAGACGGCUGCAAUCAGACACUCGCUGGAAGGUACGGCCUACUUCAGCACCAUUGGCUGGGAACAAACAGGGAACAUAAGCGGGCCUUUCAAUGAGAAACACCGAUACCUCCUCCAGCCCACUGAACAGGCACGCAGAUUCACAUUUACUGUCGGGUUUUCUCCAUCAGAAAAAGACGCGAUCAAACCAUUUGCAACCGUGAAAAGCUCUUCAACAAAAUGGUGGGCUGAAUACUGGGAAACCGGGUCAUUUGUAGACCUGACAGCAUCUGGCUCCUCAGACGCAGAGGAACUCCAAAGACGCAUCAUCGUCUCCCAGUAUCUCCUCGCCGUCAACAGCGCAGGCAAAGACCCACCUCAAGAAUCUGGGCUACAGAAUAACGGCUGGUACGGCAAAUUCCACCUGGAGAUGGUCUUCUGGCAUCUGGGCCACUGGGCGCGCUGGAACAAGUGGGACCUCCUCAAUCGCAGCCUCGGUGUGUACAACCGUUUCCUCCCCUCAUCCAUCGAACGCGCCAGAGACCAAGGAUACUCAGGCGCUCGACUAGGAAAGAUGAGCGACCCAUCCGGGGCAUCGGCUCCCGGCUCGCAAAACGCCCUCCUGAUUUGGCAGCAGCCGCAUCCGAUGUUCUUCGCGGAGCUGAAGUACCAGCAGUGGCCGAACGCCACGACCCUGCAGGAAUGGGACGAUCUUCUAGAUGAGCUUGCGACGUGGAUGGUAUCUUAUGCGUGGUGGAACGUCUCGACCCAGGUAUACGACCUAGGCCCGCCGAUGUAUCCGUCGUCAGAGAAUACAAGCCCUAAUGUGACAUACAAUCCAACCUUUGAACUGGCUUACUGGCGAUUCGGUCUGAAGAUCGCCUCGGACUGGAAGACCCGUCUAGGUAUACCCGUUCCUGAAUCUUGGACGCGAGUGCUUGAGAAUCUUGCACCGUUGCCGAUCGUCGACGGCGCAUACGCUAUCUCCGCUGACCUGCCAGAUACGUGGACGAAUCCUGCGUAUACAACUGACCACCCCAGCCAGGUUGCUAUCUACGGUCUUCUCCCGCCAACUGCAGGUGUAAAUGUGUCUAUCGUCAACGCGACUAUGAACCGGGUUGCCGAGGUAUGGGAUCUCGGCGCGUCUUAUGGCUGGGACUUCCCUAUGCUCGCGAUGACAUCGCUCCGGUUGGGAGAUGUAGAUCAAGCUGUUGCGUGGUUGCUGGAUGAGCACUUCCAGUUUGACGACGUGGGUAACCCCGUGGGGACCGUUGUGCCGACACCGUAUUUUCCUGCGUCGGGAGGAUUGCUGCUUGCGGUUGCGAUGAUGGCUGGGGGUUGGGAUGGCAACGAGGGAAUGCAUUUCCCCGAGCACUGGGGAGCAAGGGUUGAGGGUUUCUCGGUGGGACUGUAA